UUAUUAAUGUAAUGUUUUAAGUAAUGCUGCGUGACUUUGGCCUGUUUUAAUGAGUGUGCGUUGAACAUUCGAGUCAUGGGGAGGCAGCAACAACUGACAAGCAUCUCCAUCUCUCACUGCUUUCAGGUGAGUUUAGUCCCUAAAAUCACACAAAUAUUACAUACAACUGUCCGUGACACUUCUCUUACUUGUGUUUGACUCGUUACUGGUGAUUAUUUACUUUAUAGAAAUGGUUUAGUGUCUCUAGACAAAAGUCGGCUGAAAUAAAUGUUCAAAAGAUGUUUAGAUCUUUCAUGGUAAACAAAUAUUGAUAAAAAAUAUUCUGUGAUUUAAGAAGCAACAGAGAACCCUCUACAACAGAGGAGAAGCUUCAAGCUUUCAAUAUUUCUGAAGGGAGCUGCUGACAGAAGAAGGAAUCAUUUGUCUGUGACAGAUGGCUUAUGUUCCUAGAUUCUUCCAUGCGUUGGAGUCCUGUCAGACAACAUCUCCAAGAUGCUAUGAACCAUUGGACUAAUCUUGAGCCAAAAACUCAUCACCAAACACCAAUAAUGUGACUUCACGCUGAUUGGACUAUACAUCCAGAGGCAGAACAAACAGUCUAGAACAGUGACAGCUGUGGUUGAAUGUGAUAGAAAAUAAAAAUUCCUCCCUUUUGCACUUUGGUGAUAUAUCGUUUCAUCACCCUACUGAAGAAACUGCCCAGCUCAGAGUAGAUGUAUGUUUCAUCCUCAGCUCUGUGUCUGAACAUGUUUGUUCAGUGCUGUUGGUCCUCCUCUAACAGCUAACCAGAAGAACAGGUAACAAACUGCAGGAGCCACAAACUGAAAAAGCGUUAUUCUUGUGAUCUGUCUGGAUUGACUUUCACUAAAAAUGGCGGAGGGAUUUUCUGCAGCUACAGAGAUCAGCUCCAGUCCAGAUGAUCCAGUGAUCCAGAUUCUUCUGAUGGGCAGAAAGGCUUCUGGGAAAAGCUCAUCUGGAAACACUUUACUGGGAGAAAGAAAGUUUACAAUCCAAAACCAGAAAAAUAAACAUGAAGCUGGAGAUGAGUCUGAAGUGUGUGAGGGUCAAACACAGAUUGGUGGGAAGCAGUUUGCUGUGAUUGAUUGUCCAGAUCUACUAGAUCCAGAUCUGUCUGAAGAGCAGUUGGAGAUGAUGAAAGAGCAGCUGGUCUCUCGAUGUUCAGCAGGUCUCAGUUCAGUUCUGCUCACCGUUCCUCUAGAGCAACCUGUGCAAAACGAGGAAGAGAUCCUGGAUUAUAUCAAGUGUUUAUUUGGUCCUGAGGUUCAGAAAUACUUCAUGAUUCUGUUCACACACAAAGAUGAUCUGGAGGAUCUGGAUCAGACCAUACAUGAAUAUCUGAAACACAAAGAUCAUGCGGAUCUCCAGCGACUGGUGACUGAAUGUGGAGGAAAGUUUCACUGUUUUAAUAACAAGAGAAAAUCAGAAGAUCAGGUACAAGAACUACUGCAGAAGAUUGAAGGAAUGAUGAUGGAAAGCGGUGGGAAAUUUAUGAUGGAACAAAUGAAGAGGAAUGGCAGCAAAGACGCUCCUCGUGUUGAUUUUUCAGAGAGGAAAGACCAGAUCAGGCUGGUUCUGUUGGGAAAAACUGGAUCUGGGAAAAGUGCCACUGCAAACACCAUCGUCGGCAGAAACAUGUUUAAAUCAUUGACACAGUGUCAGUCAGAAACUAGUGAGAGAAACAACAGAAAGAUUUCAGUGAUCAACUGUUCAUUUGGUUGUGAGUUAAAACUAAACGUGGUUAUGUAAAAAAAAAAUCACUAAGUUACAACUACUACACACUACUAAAUAUUGGAUCAUUUCACUGUUGAACUAAGUUGAAUUUUAAGUCUACAUAUAAGCUAAAUAUUUACAGAUGCCUGCGAUGAGAAAUAACGGAGCAUAUUGACUGAAUCACAUCAGUAAGCUCAUGUUUUACCUGACAGGCUUCAGUCUUUAGACAGAUAUGAUGAUGUUUGACAUUUACACAGAUUACACGAAUCUCCGUUUGCAUCGCUGCAUGCUGCGUAUACCAAAAAAUAUCAAAAGGCUUGGUUUGUGUGUCAGUAUUUGCUUUUUGCACUCAACACUAAUUAAUUGUCAAUUGUACUAGAUUUUUAAAAAAGUGGCCUGUUACUGUUGACUUUGUGGUCUAUUAUGGCAAACAUUGUUAAAUAAAUGCUAAAUUACAGUUUAGAUUUUUUUCGCUUCAAUGUCUUUGUCAAUGUCUUCAAUUUCAAUUUAUUUCCCUCAAUUUCUUUGGAUAUAUCUCCCAUAUCAGUUUUUUAUUAAUAAAUUUAAAAGGCUAUAACACACGUCCCCUGCACUGUUAGAAACAGGUGAUUCUGUCCCCCGCACUUUUUUUGACCCACCGCCAAUAUCUCCACGCACGUUCUCUGAUUUGUUACUUAGAUUUGAGUGAACUAACAUUCAGCCAAUCACAAAGCGAGUCAUCUCUUGGGCGUGUCUGCCAUGAGCUUUAAAUCUCCUGCUGCUCUCGCGGUUU